AUGCUCGCCGUCGACAACUUCCGCUGGCUGGCCGGGCUUCUCCUCGUGGUGUCGGCCGCCCGAGUCGUGGCCGUGGCCGGGGAGGAAGCCCGCAGGAGGUGGAAGAAGCCCAUAAUGCUCGCCGAGUCCGGGGGCUUCGUGAUCGGUGGUAAGGUGCUGCAGAACCCGCGCAACCCGAACCUGACGCUGUCGUGCGACCACGGCUACGUCGAGUACUUCAUGCCCUGGUCUCCGCGCGAGACCAGCCUCGUCAUGUGGCACAGCUCCAGCACGCAGGUGUGGCAGAACCGCUGGGACGGCGGCGAGGGCUUCAAGGACAUGUUCCUCCGCCGCGAGUACCCGGUCUACCUCUGGGACGGCCCGCGCGUCGGCCGCGCCAACUGGGCCUGCAACACGACCUACUACGUGCCCAGCUACCGGGACCAGGGCAACUUCGCCGCCUGGAACUUCGGCCCCCGGUACCCCGACUGGUGGCCCGGCGUGCAGUUCCCGACCGACGACCCCGAGGCCUGGCACCAGGCCACCAGCGCCCGAUACCAGGAGUUCGACACCAUCGAGAACGUCCACCUGGAGACGGACGCGGCGGCGGUGGCGGCCGACUCGGGCCGCCUGGGCGAGAACAUCGUCUACCUCACAAACUCGGCGGCCGGGCUGCGGGCGCAGCUGACGGUGACCAAGAGCAACUCGACCAACAUCAAGGGCCUAGUCAUGUACGAGAGCGUGGGGUACGUCUUCCCGGACAACGCGGGAGUCCGGGCGGGGUUCGGCGGGUUCGGCCCCUUCGUCGUGCCGCUCGAGGAGUUCAAGAAGCUGGCCAAGCUGUCGGCGGUGCAGUUCGUGUGGGGGGACCACAGGGACGACACCUAUGUGUACGUCCGGCAGUCGCGGCAGGUGGCCGCGCUGAUCAACCAGUACGGCGGGGACGCCGAGGUGCUCUUCCUGGGCGAGGACCUCGGCCUCAAGGGGAGCACGCACAGCGCGUUUGCGGAUAUGGAUAACGACAAGGUCGCGGAUGUCCUGGACGAUUUCCUGGCGUCGAAUGGCCUGGACGACUACGCUUAG